AUGGACGGCGCCCAGGAUUCGUUAUCGCAACCUUCCGGCAUCAAGAAGGUGUUUUCGAGACAAAGUCGCCAAGACCCCGAAAUCAAUUCGAGUUCUAAUCGGAGCAAUGGGCGUUCAUCACUAGAAUCGACACCAGAGAGACGCCCAGCGACUAGCGGGGACCAGGGUCAAGAAGACUCUUCAAGUCGAUUAUCAAAGCUGAUCAACAAUCGAAGAAAGAAGAAGAAUGCCACCAACGAUAAAAGGGCAGGAUCAAUUGCGUCCGCAGAUUCUAUACUGGAAUCUAGCACGAACAGCGCCGGGAUGUCAUUACGAAAUGAACCGUCAGUUUCGGGAUCAUCGCCAAAUGGCAGUAAUAACGCUCUAGCUCGUUCUGCCGGUAGCGUCAAUCUUCUAACUGACGACUCUGAGCCAGACCAAAUACCCCCGCUUCUCUCACGCGAUUCUCAUGCAGAAUACCUAACUGCAUCCUCGCCAUUGAUAACGACGACGGCGGUGGACGAGGACAAUGACGAGCGAAAAGACGCCUCUCUGUUACAUUCAGCCUCGUCUUCUCGGCGGCAUAGCAUCUCUGUUCCGCAAGCAUCAUCGGCCUUCCUUGGCACAACUAUAUCUGGUCCUGACGCAGAAAUCUCCAAGAAAAGGAGUGUUUCUCCUGCAAGGCGUUUGAAAGACGCUUUCAAACCAUCUCAAAGCAAAAAGAGUCCUAGUGUCAGUCCAGAUCGAGAAUCUUCACAGUCUACGGGAAGUCAGAGAAAGAACGGCCAAAAUCUUCUUGGAGGCCCAAGCCGUAGUAACAGUCUUUCGGAGAGGCGAUCGUUCAAAAGAUCGUCUAGUCCACCACCACCUCUACCAAGAACUCUUUCCACAAACUUUAUCGAAACGAGCAAUCCCAAGGUAGUUGAUCAGGCAGAUCGCCUAGAUGCUCCCUCAACCACUGACGCCUCGAAGGUUGUGACCACAGUCACUCCACCAACUCCUACUAACAUUUCCGGGGAAUUCUCUACUGGUCUGACAGAAUCACCUGAGACCGUGAAAUCUGAAAGUGCAGACUUUCCUCCAGGAACAGUGGUAAGCCCUUCAGGUCAUAUGAUUUCACAUCGCCGAGUGCGUUCCGCGGGCACUGUCACAAAUCCUCCAAGCAAGCUAUCACAUAUGACAUCAUUGACGCCUACGGCCGAGGAGCCUCGAGGGACGAGUCCGCGCUCUCCCUCAGCCGCCCAGGGCGGGUUCUUUUCAUCUGUCUUUUCAGCGGCUCAAAAUGCCGCUUCUACCAUUACUAACACCCUCGGUGCCCAAAAUAAAAAUCGCACCACAAGUCAGGCAGCCGAUCUAGGCAAGAAUGCAACUGAAUCCGCCAACGAUGCCUCGGAAGAUCAAACAGAGGCAACGAGACAAUCUGUGGCCGAAGGCAUAGAGCAGCAGAAACAGAAGGAACUUGCCAUUAAUACCCUAGGAAGCGGUGACUUGGACUUCAGUCAUCUUGAUAUGGAUCUCACUGCAGGCGGCAUCGUAACAACAAAGGAUGGAGUGGUCAUCACUCAGCCAGACCUUCCUGCGGAGUCACGCACAUCCGCCAUUGCAGCAAAAAGAGAUCGAGAGUCAGCACGCGUUGAAGAUUCAAGAGCAGCUAGAGCCGUAUCAUUGGCGUAUGAGAAGUCGUCCGACCCUCCUUCGACGACAGUUGCAUCUACUUCUGAUGAAGCCAGUGAUGUUAAAGUUAGACCAAGCUCCAUGCCAUUUGAAGGAAGUGGAACGCAGACACCUCCAGGAGGAAGCAUUUUCGACGGUGAUACCGGCGGUAGUAUAAAACGUACUGGAAGCGUUCGAAGUCGGUUGGCUCGACGGCAUCGUGGCUCUUCGGGCGCAACAGGUUCAACAAUCGGCGCUAUUGGCCUCACCGUAGGGUCGCUGGGCUUACCCAACAACAAUUCAAGUGUACCGCGUUUGACUGGAUUUGCUGUUGCAAGCAAGAAGCGCAAUCGUGAUUACCAUCAACUCUUCCGCAGCGUACCAGAAGACGAUUUUUUGAUCGAAGAUUACAGCUGUGCUUUACAGCGAGAUAUUAUUCUUGCCGGGCGUAUCUACAUUUCUGAGGGCCACAUCUGCUUCUCCAGCAAUAUCCUCGGAUGGGUAACUACACUUGUCAUCAGUUUUGACGAAAUUGUGGCAAUUGAGAAGGAAAACACAGCCAUGGUGAUUCCGAAUGCAAUUGCUAUUCAGACUUUGCAUGCCAGGCACACAUUUCGCAGUCUGUUGAGCCGUGAAGCGACCUAUGAUCUCAUGGUUAAUAUUUGGAAGAUCAACCAUCCCUCUUUGAGAAGCUAUCUGAACGGAAUGCGGAUCGACGAUGGGCUUGGCGACAAGACUGAGAAAGCGAAUGAGAGCGAUGUUGCUAGCGAAGUCGCUGAUGAAGAUGAAAUCUACGAUGAAGACGAGGAUAAUGAUGGCGACAGUCUAGUAGAUGGCGAUGUUAGCAUCAAUGGCAGUGAAUCCGUUGGGACUGGCAAGCAAUUGAGCCGAGAAAACACUGGUUUGACCAGCCAAAGAGCAGAAUCGACCACCGCUUUGCAAACAGCCGAUGGAAAAUCGAAUGAUAAAGGCGUAACAAAUUCCACUGAUGGGAAUGGGUUCCCAGGCCCAGGUACACACCCACCCACGGAGUACAAUGACCCAGCUGGUCGAUAUGAUAAAGUCGUGAAAGAGGAUGUCAUCCCGGCGCCCCUUGGAAAAGUGUACAACCUUAUGCUUGGUCCCGCAUCUGGUGCUUUUGUCAGCAAAUUUCUGGUAGAGGACGAGAAAUGCACGGAAUUGCAGUUUGAAGACGACAAAAAAGGGUUGAACGAGCCAAGCAAGACGCGGCAAUAUUCGUAUAUCAAACCACUGAAUGGAGCUAUUGGGCCGAAGCAAACAAAAUGUAUCAGUACUGAACAGUUGGACGUACUCGACUUGGAGAAGGCAGUCCUUGCCACUCUGACCACUCAAACGCCUGAUGUUCCCAGCGGCAAUGUGUUCUCUGUCAAGACCAAGUACUUGUUGACGUGGGCUCCGAAUAACCAUACUCGAUUUCUCAUGACGUGCGCCAUUGAAUGGACCGGUAAGAGUUGGCUGAAAGGGCCUAUCGAGAAAGGAGCUAUCGAUGGACAAAUGACUUACGGAAAUGACCUUGUCAAAUCCUUAAAAUCGGCAGUCAAUACCCGCCCGGCUGGCACGACUAAAGGCGCUAAAUCAUCGAAGAGCCGACGAAAGCAAUCAUCAGCUGCCGCUACUAAAUCCGCAGAUGUUGCUGCUGCUGUGAGUGCUGCUCUGGAUGCCAACAAGCGAGACUCCCAAGGAUGGGGCAUAUUUGAGCCUAUCCAUAGUCUCCUCGGCCCCGUCAUAAGCAUCUUCAAACCUCUCUGGAAUGCGCCUGUCGCUAUUGCAAUAAUCGCUUUCUUGUUAUUCACGCUUUAUACAAGGGGGCCGAACUCAUCAACGACUUCGUCUGACUUGAAUUUCCUUAGACACGCAUCUUCUCAACGUCUGGCCGCUUAUGAGGAGAUUUGGCGAGCUGAGGAGAACGAGCUAUGGAGAUGGUUAGAAGACAGAGUUGGAAUGGAAGGCAUCAAUUUUCCAAACAACAACAGAAGCCCCAACGCGGAUGCAAAGGCACGAAAGCGGAAUCUAAAACGUCACGGUCAAUCUCUGGCAUCCAAAAUUGACGAAGAGCAGAUUUCGCAACGGGAGAUGGAUUACGCCAUUCAAGUUGUCCGUGACCGUCUCGACAGGCUCGAGGAGAUAGUUAGUACCCAUCAAGAUCGGAGCCGUCCUUCCCAAACUUAAGAAAGCCAUGCAACCGAUGUAUAUACAGGGUGUGCUAUGCUUCUUUUCAUUUACCACUCAUUCAUUAUUCAUUUCCUUUGCCUUCCCAUAGCUCUAGGCCAUCGACCAGAGCCUCACAAUCCCUCCUUCUUUUUCUUUGUUGAUAUAUUUGCUUGGUGUAAGGAGUCAGUGUCCCAAAAUCUCUGAGUUCGAGCAUUACUUGCUUAUUUGUUACUACUCCGGAGGUUUUCCUUUAUACGUUUUGUAUCUAGAUGCAUUGCGUUCAUGUUCUUUCGAAACUUUUUGAGCGAAGAUGUCUGUAUAUUUUCUCUGUACCUUACAUUCCUUGCCAUUUUCAACUCGACAUGGUCUUUUUCUUUUUAAUUUGACGCCUUUUAUUUUGCCUGGAAAUGGGACAUGGACAGCAUCGCCCGAAUAAACCGGUUCGAAAUUUAGU